AUGGCUGGUAAGCAGGGCCGCAAGAAGGCGAGGAGCCCCCCCGGAUGCCCUCAGCUGCGUCCGAUCGGCAGCACCAUCUCCGGAUCAAAGAAGCCUGCGGCGGUGAUGGUUCCUUCGUGCAAGUACCACCUGUCGGAGGCAUCUGUCCAGGCGGUCCUAAACCACAAGAGGGUGCCUUUCGUCAUUGGGGACUACUUCGACGACCUGACCCCUGAGGAGCAGCAACUCACGCUCGAGGUGGCCGCCCAGCACGAGGAGGUCGAGGACAGGUACGCCAAGUACCAGGAAAGAGUCCGCAAGGAGCUGGAUGAGAAGGGAUUCGUCGCGCUCCCCGAUGACGUUGACAAGAGGAGGGCCGCGCUGAACGCGCGCUGA